CCGAGGCACGCGCCAUUCACCUGCUCCGUUCCAGAUAUCGCCACUCCACCGACGAUGAUCAUGAGUCGCGCUCGAGUGCACGACGUCGCUGUCCGGUGCCUCCCCAGUCAAGACCGUCGGCGGGAUGCGGUGGCGAAUUCAGGCGAUACUCAGCCUCGACUUGCGGACCGUACAGCCUGGUCGCUGUCCACGCGAUCACAACACUGAUUUCGACACAUCCAGAUGUCAGGCUUCAAACCAGGCUCUUCAGGCUCCAAUUCAGGCACCACCUCAGGCUUCACUUCACCUCAGGCUUCACAAAGAUAUUGUCAAUCUGGGGCUGGCGGCCAGCCGACCCAAACAAAGACUUCAUCACUCCUACGUCUUCACUGUCUCUUCGCCUUUGUUGGUGACGGGAUGCUCGCGAAUGGCCGCUUUGUCACUACAAGGCAUUGUAUCGCGCCUUUGUUUUAACUCGAAUACAUUAACCUUACAGUCUGCCCGGUAGCCGUCCCACACAUCAACCCCAUUUCACGACUUCAAAGCAGUUUACCCAAAAACAAACAGACUUCAUCAAGAUGCGCUUCGAGUUCACAGUUCUCCUCGCCGCCACUGGUGCGCUGGCCGCGCCAACUAUCCCAAACACUACCACUGAAACUCCAGACGAGCUGGUCAAGCGAGGGAGCGCCCUCGCAUACGAUACUUCAAGCUGCAAAGGAUUCAAAAACAGCUUUUGGGAUGUCAACCAAUCCAUCUUCCAGGUGACAAUAGGCCGGCCUUAUCUCGGCGGCUCAAGAUGCGGCCUCGUAGAGGACAAAGUCACCAAGUUCUUCCACGUCGACGGCUUCAAAUGCAAAGGUGCCAAGGACAACAAGAACACUAUCCUUCAGAUCAAGAGCAACAUGGAUCACGAGAAUAUCCAGCAGAUCAACAUUGGCCUGAAGAACGCCUACCCUGAGAUCAACUUCGACUGUCCAGACGACUCGUACCACAUGCGAUAA